UUUGGAAAAUGGCGUCAAACUAUAAUAAUUAUUCUUUGCGAGUCGUUUUCAGUACAUUUUGGGGACCCCACAAUCCGUGUCCCUGACUUCCCUCCCUGUGUGGUGAGCUUCCAGUGCCCGAGAGGCGAGGAAGUUUCAAGAGAUCAAAGUUCACGAUUUUUGUUUGUCCGCCUUUGACGAAGUGAAAGGUUGUGGUGGGUGAGUUGUAUGGUACCCAUCACUUGAUUUUGGUGUAAUAAGAUGGCAACCACGUCGCCAUCUCCAAAUUCGUCUCCAUCCGCCUUGCCGCCAGCUUCUGAUACUACUUUAACACCGCCGCCACAACCACCGCUAACCACCACACCGACACCGUCUUCUCAGCGGAAUUUGGUUUCACCAGAGUCCUCUAACGCCACAGCUCAAUCUCCAGAACCUGUUGUCCCAUCAGCUCCUCCUCCAACUACAUCAUCACCACCUCCAACUCCACAAGCUGCUUCACCGCCAACCUCGCCGCCACUGCCUCCCUCCAAUGUACCUCCACCAGCUUCCGAUUCUUCACCCCCACCAUCAUCCGGUACACCUCCAACAACUUCUGGUUCUCCAACCCCUCCAUCAUCAACUCCAUCCCCUCCAUCGACUCCACCGAAAAGUUCGCCUUCUCCACCACCACCGACAUCUGAUCCACCUGCAAGUUCACCUCCACCGCCGCAAUCUCCCCCACCUGAGAGUCCACCUCCACCUUCUUUAAAGCCGCCUGAAACUUCACCACCGCCACCUGAGAAGUCUCCUCCGCUUCCAUCAUCAAAUCCCCCUGAGACUUCACCACCACCGCCACCAUCAUCAAAGCCACCUGAGAAGCCUUCUCCACCUCCAUCAGCAAAUCCCCCUGAGACUUCACCACCACCGCCACCAUCAUCAAAGCCACCUGAGCAGUCACCUCCGCCUCCAUCAGCAAAUCCCCCUGAGACUUCACCACCACCGCCACCAUCAUCAAGGCCACCUGAGCAGUCACCUCCGCCUCCAUCAUCAAGUCCCCUCAAAACUUCACCACCACCGCCACUGUCAUCAAAGCCACCUGAGCAGUCACCUCCGCCUCCAUCAUCAAGUCCCCCAAAAACUUCACCACCGCCACCAUCAGACCCACCAGGGAAGUCACCCCCACCUCCAGCAUCUGUGCCACCCAAAAGUUCACCUUCACCACCACCAUCAACCCCCCCUGAAAGUUCACCUCCUCCACCAGCAUCAGUACCUCCCAGAAAAGCACCCCCACCUCCGAGCCGUACUCCUCCCACCACACCUGGUUCUCAACCAACCACUUCACCUCCACCACCCAUUAUAGGACCGGCACCACCUCCCCUCUCACAGGCUUCUCCGCCUGCACCUCCUCAAAUUCCUAGUUCACCAACAAACACUUCCAGUGCAAAGGCACUACAGAGUUCAAAUUCCAAUGGCAUUGGUACCGGAGGCGUAGUGGCAAUUGUUGUACUGGUAGGGGCAGUAGUGCUUAGCCUCAUUGGAUUGAUUGUAUGGUGCAUGAGGAGGCAAAGGAAAAAAGUAUCCGGGUUUGAAGGUUAUGCUAAGCAAUCCUCUCUGGGUUCAUCCCCAACAUCAGAUUCAUCCUUCUUGAAGGUGCAUUCUUCAGCUCCCCUUAUUGGAAGCCAUUCUAGCAGUGAGAUCUUAAGUCCUCCACCAGAACAAGCAGGAGUUGGCAAUUCAAGGCCAUGGUUUACUUUUGAAGAACUGGCUAAGGCCACAAAUGACUUUUCAUCUCAAAAUCUUUUGGGAGAAGGCGGAUUUGGUUGUGUUUAUAAGGGAUGCCUACCAGAUGGGAGAGAUGUGGCAGUAAAACAACUAAAAAUUGGAGGAAGUCAGGGCGAGCGAGAAUUCAAGGCCGAAGUUGAGACUAUUAGUCGCAUACAUCACCGCCAUUUGGUUUCUAUGGUGGGAUACUGCAUCUCUGAUAACCGAAGGCUGCUUGUCUAUGAAUAUGUCGCUAACAAUACCCUUUAUUUUCACCUUCAUGGAGAAGGUAGACCAGUUCUGGAGUGGGCAACACGUGUUAAGGUUGCUGCUGGUGCAGCUCGUGGGAUCGCUUAUCUUCAUGAAGACUGUCAUCCUCGAAUUAUUCACAGGGACAUAAAGUCGUCAAACAUUCUUUUAGAUAACAACUUUGAAGCUCGGGUUUCGGAUUUUGGACUUGCCAAAUUAGCUCUUGAUUCAAAUACGCAUAUAAGCACACGUGUCAUGGGAACAUUUGGAUACGUGGCUCCUGAAUAUGCAUCAAGUGGGAAAUUGACUGACAAGUCUGAUGUUUACUCUUAUGGAGUUGUGCUUCUGGAGUUGAUCACUGGAAGGAAGCCUGUAGAUCCAUCCCAACCCUUGGGAGAUGAGAGUCUAGUUGAAUGGGCACGGCCGUUGUUGAGUUAUGCUCUUGAUAAUGAGGAUUUUGACGGCGUGGUAGAUCCAAGGCUUGAAAAGAAUUAUGUGGAUACUGAAAUGUUCAGAAUGAUCGAGAUUGCUGCUGCUUGCGUGCGACAUUCAUCUGCUAAGAGACCACGAAUGGGUCAGGUUGUUAGAGUUUUUGAUAGUUUCGCUGCUUCUGAUAUAAACAACGGAAUGAGAGUGGGGGAAAGUGAGGCAUUUGACUCGGCACAACAAUCAGCUGAAAUUAGGUUGUUCCGAAGAAUGGCAUUCGGUAGUCAAAAUUACAGUACAGUUUUUUUUAGCGGAGAGGUAUAGUACAUAUUCGGAGAGCUAAACACUGAACUGAAAAGGGUUUUGCCAAAUUGAGCUAGAUUUGGAUUCGCUCAGCUGGAAUCCCGAUCUUCCAGCAACCGGAACUGACUGCAUCGGAUGUAGAGACUGCAUUCGUUCCAUCCUUCCUGUAAAGGUCCAGCCCCUGUAAUUAUUUAGCCUUUGUAAGAUGAUCUUGUUGCACCCACCAAUAUUUUUGGUGGUGUUAUAGAGGUAAUAAUUCAUUUUUGUUAACCA